AUGGAUGUAUGUAAAGCUAUGAAUGUACUGGCUGAUUUGAAAAGUUUAACCCAGUUAAGACGUGAAUUGGAACGUCUUCCAAAUACUUUAUUGUUACCGGUUGCUAGAAAAUGCUUGGAUCAUUUCACGUUAGCCAACUAUGCUGGAUUUAUCGAGAAGCCAGUUUGUGGUGAUUAUGUGAUGGAAGAGGAAAUUGACAAAGAUUUAUCGUUUGGUUGCAAUUCUCCAUAUAAAUUUAUUCGUUUAAAAUUAUGCUUAUGGUUGGCGAAAACCAUAUUAAUCGACUGUUGUUCUCGACUGCAAGAUGGUUUUGAGAAAAGCCAUCUUACAUGUCGUUUGGUAUUGUUGUGGCAGAAUCUACUGAAAGAGCCGGCUGUUGAACUGGAAAAGAUUCUGAAUACUUUGGGACAUAUCCGAGUUGACUGUGCUUCCGUAGCAGCAGUUACUGAAGCAUUUCUUGAAAAGAUGUAUGCUCAUCUGCUAUACAAUCAAAUUAGUAGAGCUGAAAUUUGUUUAAAUAGUGCCUUAGCCGCCAAUGGCCUUAAAAUCGAAACGGUCGGAGUGUUGGGUAAACGUACUAGAUUUCAAGAAGAAUUUAUACCUCAACUUAUUGUCAGGGCUGUAGGUGGUGAUUACCUUGAGGAUGAUGACACACGAGAAAAUGACAGUACUCUGCCGCCGAAUGUUUUGCUUCACGAUGACUCGUUGUUAGAAAAUGUACGCGUUGCCGAAAUGGAUCUUUCAACCAGUCGUGCCAAGCUUUCUGCUCUAACUUUAGCGUGCAUGCUGGCUUCUGGUGUGCUUGAAAGAAAAAUUCAAAGUACUGGAGACUUAGUAGCUGAAAAAUGUUGCUCCCUUCUCGAUGAGAUAAUUAGCCAGCGUAGGAAUUGGGCAGUGCAGGCUAGUGCAUUAUUGCAACGUUCUGAAUUUGACAAGAUUAGCAUGCGCCGAGUGGAACGUGCAUGUCUGCAGAUGGAGUCAUUAUCAAAAUUGGUGAACAAUGUAGAAAAUAAUGAGGUGGAUGAGAGUACUUUAAGGAAACGCUUGAAAUUAUUACUGGCAAGCGGGAUGAAACCAUUUUGGUAUGUUGAUCUCGUUCAUGCUGAAAUCCUUCGCUCUAUCGGAUGCACAGCGGAAGCCUUGGUAAUAUUCGAAAGACAGGAAAGUUGGGAUAAUGUUAUUGAUUGUUAUCAGUCACUUGGUCAAUUAGAAAAAGCUGAACGAUUAGUUCGUGAUCUGCUUGCUAAGAAUGAGAAUGAAUCAAUUUACUGGUGUCUUUUGGGUGAUAUACUUCGUGAGCCAACUGCAUAUGAGAAAGCGAUUGAGGCUUCGAAUGGGCGUUCAUUUCGGGCUCACCGAUCUUUAGGAUUGCUGAUGCUUCACCGCAAGAAUUAUUGUAUUUCAUACCGACAUUUGAAACGUAGCCUUGAACUUCAGCCAAUCAGCUCGUUCGGCUGGUUCAAUUUUGGUUGUUGUGCGUGGAAGCUCGAAAAAUGGGAAGAAGCGGCGAAAGCCUAUCGGGAAUGUGUACGUUAUGAACCUGCACAUUUCCAAGCAUGGAAUAAUCUUGCUGCUGUAUAUGAAAAACUAAACGAUUCAGAACGAGCCAAAAGUGUUUUAUGGGAAGCUCUGAAAUUGAAUUUCGAACAUACCAAGUUGCGAGAAAAUUAUAUGCUUCUCUGCGUGCGUACGAAUGAUCUUCUAUCAGCAAUUACGACAUUUCACGCGAUAUUAGAUUUGGACCGACAAUACAAAGACGAUGCCGUAAUUGAAGCGCUCACACAGAAAUUAAUCACUCUAAGAGAAGUGAACGAAGAGUAUGUGAAACGCUUAAUUAAUAAGAUGUGUGAAUUACUGGGUAGAAUAACUUCACAACAAAGUUGCUCUUCUACGAUCUGGCAUUGUUAUGCAGAGCUAAAACGGCCUAAUUCAGAGUCAUCCAUGAAAGAUUAUGAUUUUUACGUAAAGUUGUUAGAGCGAGCUUUUGGGGCUUGUUAUAAUAAACAAGAUUGGUAUAGAAAUGUUGAUUCAUGUGUUGCUGUUUUGAAUGCAGCCAUGAAGUUGGAAGAUUCCAAGAAAGUUUUGUCGGGAAUGAAAAGUGUUGAGAACGAUCUGGUUAAAUCUGAAAUUCGAAUAACUCUUCGGCCACUUAUAGCAUCCAUAGAGAAAAUAUAUGGCGUAGAUGCUAUGGAAGCCUCUGAUUCGUCCUUAAAAGAGUCAUUACUAAAAGUGAAGUCAUUUUUAUCCUCUUGUUUGUAA